UGUGAACAUCAGCAAAGACACACUAAGGCUUUUGCCAUGCAUCACUUCAAUAACAAGACCUUUCAGCUUGCUUUAAUUGUAAUAGUCUGUGGAUUGGUCUUAGCAGCAAGUGAUCCAGGAAAGCCAAGCUCUUGUUGCAAAAUGACCCGCAGAACUAAAAUCAGAACUCCCAUCACCGCUUAUGCAAUCCAGAAAGAGGCACUGCCCUGCGUGCACGCUGUAAUAUUCACCAGUAAUGGUUUGAAGUAUUGCAGCAAUCCAUCAAUGCCCUGGGUUAAAAAAGCGAUUGAACAGCUUCAGAGCACACAGAAAGCGCAAUAACAGUUGACCUUCACUCAGAACUCUAAAGCCAGCCUCACACCUUCACAACAAGAAGCCUCCCUACUACAACUGUGCUGAAGGAGAGAAAGGCUUUCAAUAUGAAGCUGCAAAAGUGAUAAUCCACAACACAAAAUGAUGCUGUAUUAAUCACCAGGUACAGCAGAUCAAAGGACCCACCUGUCAUAAAACGUGAAACUGGAACUAAAAUCAUUGGUGUAAGAUGUUGUAAGACAUCAUUAGUGUAACACAAGCUAAGGAGUACUGUAGUUUGUAAUCCAAGGUUAUUGUAUAAUCCCUAUACAUGUUUUUAAAUUUAAAAAAUGCAAAAUGAAGUAGCUCACAUAAAUAAGUACUGGAGUGACUAAUCUCUUACAUUGUUGGUAAUUUUCCAGUUUAAAUUAUUUAAGAAAUAUUUAUAUGGUAUAUCAUUUAUUUUUUUAGUGUCUUGGUCUAGUUGUAAAUUAACAUCUGUAUGAAUGUGUGUGUUUGUUUAUUUAUUACCUACUUUUUGGUUAACAUUCCAUUAAUUCGAUAUGUAUUUAUUAUUUUCUGUUUUAAAAUAUAUCGUUAUUUUAGUACCUCUGUUAUCAUUUAAAUUGUUUUAUGAACUUGAACAAAUGUAUUGUUUGUUUGACAAAUGUGUAAUGUGUUUUUUU